AUGAAUCGUAAUUAUCCAAAAUUAAUAAACGACUCUCCGAAAUGGAGACCUACGACGUCUGUCAAUAACAUCUCGGAACACCCGAAUUAUACGUCGCGCACGGGAAAGAUGGUCGAAGUGUUAUAUGAGCGCAACUACUGUAAUAAGCCCACAGAUAAACCAAUAACUCUGGUGUGCACAUACUUUGCGACUGAUAAAAAGCAUUAUAGACGUCCGAAUACAAACAAAUCAUUCGUUGAAAAUAAAAUCUCUAGUGAUUACUUCUAUUCGGAUAAAAAUUUAUGUACUACAGCUAUUGAAAAUGAAUUUUGUUUUUUUUACAGGGAAUUAGACGACUGCUCAAAAAAUAUUGUUUGGGUUCUUGAAGAUCUAGGUUUUGUGUCUAAAUUUAAUAAAAUGUAUACAGUUUAUCCAUCAGAGAUAACAUUUUUUGAUGCCAAUAAACAGUUUAAUACCGGAUAUGGUUUAAAUACUUAUAAUUCGCCAAAUCCAGAAAAUUCAACAGGUAGUCCUGAUGAAUAUAAUCAAAACGAAAGAUACCAAAAGACAAUACCCUAUGAAAAAUUCCAAGAAAAGCAUUACUACAACAAAAAUUAUAAUCAUUAUCAAAAGUCAGUUACUCAAAAGAACAACUUACAUCAAUUUAUUUAUACAAAACGACCUAAUUAUUACCAACAACAACACAUUCCUUAUAAAUACUGGGCAAUGAGGUACACGUUAUUUUCAAAUUUUAAUCGCGGCAUUAUACUGGACGAAGAAAGCUUUUAUUCUGUAUGUCCAGAGGUAUUAAGUAACCAUAUUGCUAAACGUUGUAAAAAUAACAUAGUGGUAGAUCCUUUUUGUGGAGCAGGUGGUAACAUAAUACAACUAGCUAAGACGUGCAAAAAAGUUAUAGCAAUUGAUAUAGACCCAGAAAAAAUUAGAUUAGCGCGUCAUAAUGCUGAAAUAUGUGGCGUUGCUGAUAACAUUGAAUUCAUAAUUGGUGACUUUUUUUUAAUAUAUCCAAUGAUAAAAGCGGACGUGCUAUUUAUGUCGCCACCAUGGGGAGGACCAGAAUACUCGAUGAAUAAAACAUUUAGUUUAGAGUCAAUGUGCAAAGAUCAUUGGGGAGAAGGUUUUACUAUUUUCGAUCUUGCUAAAAGAAUUGCACCUAAUAUUGCGUUUCAUUUACCGAAAAAUACAAACUUAUUAGAAUUAUUGUGGUUAGCGAGAUCUUUUGGAAAAGUAGAAAUACAGCAAAAUAUCAUUAACGGAAAGUUAAAUUCUCUAACGGCCUUUUAUGGAAGCUUUAAUGAAAUUAGUAAUUGA